AUGGAUUUACCUGGACCAAUACAUGAUAUUCUUGUAGUAUUUUUGGGAUUAGUUCUUGUAUUAGGAGGUCUGGGAGUAGUAUUACUUACCAAUCCCAUUUUUUCUGCCUUUUCGUUGGGAUUGGUUCUUGUUUGUAUAUCCUUAUUCUAUAUUCUAUCGAAUUCCUAUUUUGUAGCUGCCGCGCAGCUCCUUAUUUAUGUUGGAGCCAUAAAUGUCUUAAUCAUAUUUGCUGUAAUGUUCAUGAAUGGUUCAGAAUAUUCCAAUGAUUCCUAUUUUUGGACCAUUGGAGAUGGGGUUACUUCACUGGUUUGUACAAGUAUUCUUUUUUCACUAAUUACUAUUAUCCCAGAUACGUCAUGGUACGGAAUUUUUUGGACUACAAGAUCAAGCCAGAUUAUAGAACAGGACCUAAUAAGUAACAUUCAACAAAUUGGGAUUCAUUUAUCAACAGAUUUUUAUCUUCCGUUUGAACUCAUUUCCAUAAUUCUUUUAGUUUCCUUGAUAGGUGCAAUUACUAUGGCUCGUCAAUAA